CAACUCACUCCCAGCACCCUGCUACACGAGAGAGGAAGAGCUUCCCUCUCGCUCCCCCCCACCGCUCUGGCACUGAACAGCGGCUGAAUUCAGAUGUGCAAGGUGUUUGUUUUUUGGUUUGAUCCAGAAGAGCAGAACCAGAUUCCCUCUGUCCCGAUAUAGCAGCUCACGGGAUUACAGCAGGUGCCGCUUUCUUUUCGCGCACUGCUCUCUUCGAAUCGAACACAGUUUCUUCAGAUUUGCCGCAUGAGGAUGUUCAAGGAACUGACUUACAGGGGUUGCACCAAUUGUGUCAGGCUCUCGCUACGAGACAACACGGACUCUGACUCCUGGAAUUAGCCAUCUUUUGGAAGAAUUCAGAAGAAAGAGCAUCGUCCCCGGGUGGUUCAACCGUCACUCUGCCGCUAACUGUUCAGAAUUGUCAACGGGUCCGCUGAUAUCGAAUCGCUCCGUUAGAAAACCGAGGAGUCGUGAUCAGUGGGAAUGAGAUUUAGGAAAUCUGCUGCGGGUUGGAGGACUGGGCUGAGUUUCGGUCGGGAACUACAGGUCUAGAUUUCACAACUUUGCAUAGACUUCAUCUUUCUAUAUGGACCGAUCAGCAUCUUUGGAUAUUGAAGCGCUGAAGAUGACCCAGGAGCAGUACAUCCUGGCAUCUCAGCCCAACCCACUGCAGCGGACGGGCUGUGCGCAGGCCUACCCGGUGGGCAUCUACGGCUGGAGGAAGCGCUGCCUCUAUUUCUUUAUCCUCCUGCUCCUCGUCACCAUGAUCGUCAAUCUGGCCCUGACCAUCUGGAUCCUCAAGGUCAUGAACUUCACCGUGGAUGGCAUGGGUAAUCUCCGUGUGACCAAAGAGGGCAUCAGGCUCGAGGGCGUCUCUGAGUUUCUUCUGCCGCUGUAUGUGAAGGAGAUCCAGUCCAGAAGGGACAGUCCACUUAUCAUGCAGUCAGACAGGAACGUGACGGUCAAUGCUCGUAAUAACAUUGGCCAGCUGACUGGACAACUCACUGUGGGCUCUGAGAUGGUGGAAGCACAAUGCCAGAGGUUUGAGGUACGCAGCAGUGAUGGAGAGAGAGUACUUUUCUCCGCAGAUGAACAGGAGAUCAGCAUUGGCACUGAGAAACUCAAAGUGACAGGCAACGAGGGAGUGGUGUUCGAGCACUCGGUGGAGACGUCCCACGUCCGAGCAGAGCCUUUCCAGGACCUCAAGCUGGAGUCCCCGACAAGGACUCUGACCCUGGAGGCGCCCAAAGGGGUGGAAGUGAGCGCGGGGGUCGGCGAGUUCAAGGCUUCCUGUCGAAAGGACCUCACCCUAGAGUCUACAGAAGGAGAUAUCUUUUUAAACGCGAACACAAUCCGCCUGGGGAACCUUCCUCAUGGCACGACGGACCCUCUGCUAGCCCCAGGCACCACCUAUGCCAAGCAGACUGUGUACGAGGUGUGUGUGUGCCCCAGCGGCAAGCUCUACCUGUCCCCAGCCGAGAGCGCCUCCACCUGCCAGACCACCAACAGUGUGUGCUUAUGGAGCUGAGAGAGGGGAGAGGGCCCCUAAUCCAACCCCCCUACACCCCGCACCCCCAAAUGAACACCGCCCCAACACCAGAAAGGCCUUCCUCCCCGUCUCCGUUCUUCCUCCCCGGUCCGGCUAAAGCAAGCUGGAGAUGAACCCUAAGCACCCUAGCCCACCCAUCCAUCCCCAUGUACCUAAACUCAUACAUACCCAUGUAAACACACACAUCUGCAUCCAGCAGUCUUGUCUCUCACACUGUUUCACUGUCAUUGUUGUCACUGUGGUAGCACCCUCCCUCCCUCCCUCCUGGCUUCCUUUUGUCUUUUGCAAUGUGUCCUCCUGUUGGAUUUGAGCGAUUUCUCCAUGUCUGUAUGCCUGAUUACCCAUCUUUGAUUUUGUAUCUAUCUAUCUAUUUUCUAUCUAUCUAUCUAUCUAUCUAUCAAUCUAUCUAUCUAUCUAU